AUGAGCGUAUCAGCCAUUGGGCUCGUUGGGGCUAUCAACGAAUGUGUCACUUUCUUUCAAUGGGCCAAGUCUGCUAUUUCAUCUCUGCACUCCCGAUGGAGUGGAUUACAGGAGCAAAGUCUCCAGGAUCACGUGUUGCAGUUGGAGAGUGGCCUACAAGGUCUCAGGGAUACUCUUCCUGCAAUGUACGAUCUCGUUAAUAGAGCAGAGUGGAGAAGCCACGAACAUGGUGUGGGCAAACUCCUUCCUAAUCUCAAGGAUGCCGUGGCUGAGGCUGAGGACCUUGUUGAUGAGUUCAGCUGGUAUGAGAAAAAGAUGCAACUGGAGGGAAAUGCAAGCCAAUCUCCUUUCACUGAUUUCUUUCAUGCAGUCAUCGAAGGCAGCUUUAACAGACUUAAUGAUGUCCAAUUGAGGUUGAAUCAUCUUUCAAGUCAGCUAGAGAAUACAGUGCCACGUGGAGUUACACUAUGCUUUGACAAAUUAGUCAGGCCCGAGAUCACAUCUUUUCCUAAUGAAAUGAAAAUAUUUGGUCGUGACAAGGAACUAAAGCAGCUAUUGGGGUUUCUCAAUGUACCUACAUUUCCAAAACGCAAGAGGGCAACUAGUUCAGCCAAAGCAUCAACGAGCAAAUCAGCAAGCAACCAUGCAAGUGACGAAUCAAGAAUAUUUAGUCUCCACGUCUUGCCGAUUGUUGGAAUUGGUGGUGUUGGAAAGACUACUUUGGCCCAACAUAUUUGCAGCCAUCAACGAGUGAAAUCUCACUUUGACCUCAUAGUUUGGAUUUGUGUCUCCGAUGACUUUGAUGUGAAGAGGCUAACAAAAGAGGUGAUUGAAUCCUGUACCGGAAAAGAGACAACAAUCGAUAAUUUGGAUUCUCUUCAGCGUUCCCUCUUUAACCGUGUGAAUAACAAAAGGUUAUUGAUUGUCCUUGAUGACAUGUGGGAUGAUGCUCUGAAGGAAAAUGGGCAGUGUUGGAAGAGAUUUUGUGCACCUUUCAGAAGUGUCCAAGAGGGAAGUAUGAUGUUGGUCACCACUAGAUGUCCAAACGUUACUGAAGGGGUGCACACAAUGGAACCCAUUAUAGUUGAAGGACUGAAAGACGAUGUCUUUUGGAAUUUCUUCAAAUGGUGCGCAUUUGGAUCUGAUGAUUCUAACAUUGAUCCUGGGUUAGAGCACAUUGGUAGAAGUAUACUUCCUAAACUGAAGGGUUCUCCUUUGGCUGCCAAAACUUUGGGGCGCAUGUUAAGAAUGGACCUUCAAGCAUCGCACUGGAAUUCUAUACUUGAGAGUGAACUGUGGCAGUUGAAACAAGAGGAGACUGACAUUUUGCCUGCCCUUCGAUUGAGCUUCAUGUAUUUACCAUUCUAUUUGAAAAAAUGCUUUGCAUUUUGUGCUCUGUAUCCCAAAGAUUACAAGUUUGAGAAGGCACGCUUAGCUGAAAUUUGGGCAGCAGAAGGCUUUGUGGAUCCUCAAGGCAGUGUUCCUAUUCAAGACAUUGGUUGUCAGUAUUUUGAAGACCUUGUAACACGGUCCUUCUUUCAAAAAAUGAGUUACCAGAUAGUAUUGGCAAUUGGAAGCAUCUUCGGUACUUUGAAAUCUCCAGAGCUUAUUUUAUAUGCCAAGAACUGCAGUCUAGAAAGCUUGCCCAGUGACUUUGGUAAGCUGACCAGUUUAUGGAAAUUUGAAUCACGUGAAGUAAAAUCUUAUGAUGGGUAUCGUAUGUAUCUUUGUGGUUCACCUGAUGGGUGGAGAGGAAGUAGGUUGAAGAAUCUGAAUCAAUUUCGUGGCUCCUUGGGGAUAACUCAUGUUCGCUUGCUAAGUAAGGAUCAAGCAGCAGAAGUAGAACUAAAGAAUAAGAAAUAUCUUGGUGGGUUGGAACUGAAUAUGCGCGAGCAUGAUUAUAUAGGCUUCCCCAGUUUUUCCAUAAACAACGAGAGAGAACUGCUUGAAGUUCUGCAACCUCCUACCUGUCUUAAGUCUCUGUUCCUCCAGAAUUAUAUCGGUGUCUCGCUCCCAAGCUGGUUUCAGCCACAAAAGUUGCCAAGCUUAAAAUCACUUACUUUUGUAGGUUGUGUUGGAUUUGAGAGCAUAUCAUCUCACAUGCUCUCACAAAGCAUAAACUUAAAUAAGAUACCUGAAGUUGGUAUUUUCAUGUCCCUGACAGACCUAACCAUUGAUGGGUGCUACAUGUUAUCAAGCCUCGAACAUUUUCUGCAUCCAGAGUAUGUACCAGCCAUCAAGAAAAUAAGAAUUAAAGAUUGCAAGAUCUUAAAAUCAAUACCAACUGAAAAGUUUGGGGAUUUGCAUUUCCUCGAAGAAGUGGAGGUGGCCAAGUGUCCAAACAUCUGCUCCCAAAGAUUGGUAUCAUCGUCCCUUAAGAAGCUCAGUUUGCAUGAAUCUGGUCUCUUUUCCAAUAUUGACUGCUGCUCACUUACCUACUUUGAUUUGUCAUGUGAUUUUGUCACGUCCAUCCAACUAGAUACGUGGAGUCUUCCAUCUCUAUGGCAGUUGUGCGUUCUAUGUAGGCAUCUUACAUCUAUUGCAGGAAGCGUUGGCGCAUUCUCGUCCCUUAGAGUCCUAUCAGUUAUAUGUGGUGACAUGUCAACACUCGAUGACCUCCUAUCACAAAACUAUCUACCUGCCAUUGAGGAAAUUAACGUCAAAUAUUGUCGCAAUUUAUUGUCCCUGCCCGGUGAAAGGUUUGUGAGUUUUACUGAUCUAAAACGUCUGGUGGUCACUGUGUGUCCAAGCCUCAACUGGCAAAGGGGGCUGGUGUUGCCUUCAUCUCUCCAAAGUCUCCGCUUAACGAGAUGUGGUGAUAUAUCUCCAUGUGUUCCCAGCUGCCUACAGAACCUCACAUCCCUCGUCGCAUUGAACAUGGGUGGAUGCAACCGUAUAACAUCCAUUCCAGGUCACAUUUGGUGCAGUAACCUUGCAUCACUUGAGGAAUUGGUGAUUUCGGAUUUUCCAGACCUAGUUUCAAUUGGUGGUGCAAAGGCAGUGUCAAAAAUAAAGGUGCUGAUAUUGAAGUGUCCAAACUUACAAGAAGCAGAGCAGAUCAAUACUAGAUUCCUCUUAAGCCAGUGGGCAUGGAAGCACUGGGCGUGUGACGAAUUGUCUAAUUGCGCAAAGAGGCCUGGUGGUCAAUAUCUAGAUCUUGAAGCAAAGAUUGAACUGAAAGCAGCUCCUGGUAAGCUUGAGCAGACAGUGGCAAGUGGAACAUAG